AUGGCAUUACGUCGCCUUGGAAUCAAGUUUCGGUCAUGGUUUGCGAGUGAGAUUGAGGAUCGCUACCGCGACGUGUACUGCAAGCUUCACCCGGAGACGGAGAUUGUCUACACUGACUGCACGAAGCGUGCCCUGCAACCGCUCGCGCAAGAGCGGUCGGCUCACCCGUCUGCUUACCUGAUCUACUGCGCAGGCUUUCCAUGCCAACCAUUCUCAAACGCAGGCCUGCACUUGGGCAGCGAGGACCCAAGGUCUGACGUGCUGAGAGCAAUCUUGUCCACGGUCCGAGCUCUGUUGCCUAAUUUGGUGCUGCUGGAGAAUGUGGCUGAGCUUGUGCUUAACAAAAAGUACGAGGAUGUGAAAAACUACCUCUUCCGUGAGCUCGGCAAGAUCGCCGGCGGCGCUUACCAGAUCAGCCACAAGGUCAUGGACAGCCACGAGUACGGGGGAGUUCCUGCCAAACGCCGCCGAGUCUACGUGGUGGCCACCCUGACUCCGGGUCGGCGCUCUAUCAUGGUCUGGCCUUCGCCCAUUGAAGCUCCGCCGCUCAAGUCCAUCUUGGAGCACCGCAAGCCUGGGCAGACGGCGAAUCUCGAGGAGUUCAGCAAGACAUUCUUGAACAAUUUGUCCAAGGGCAUGGAGCUUAUCAAGAAGAAGUCCCCAGGUUUUAAAGUCUCAGACCCGUGGAUCUUGGACUUGGCACCCUCCGAUCAAUAUGGGCCCUCAGUGAAGUUCGACUGCUUCCCUACCGUCACUGUCUCGCACGCCAACUCUUACUAUGUGCUAUGCAAGAAAGACCUUGCAACGUGCAGGGAGAUUCUGGCAACACAAGGCAUUCGGUGGUCUGACUUACGACUUGCCCCUGGAGUAGAAAUCUCUGAACGAACUCUGAAGUGCAUGGCGGGCAAUGCCUUCACUCUCACGGUGGUCGAGCGCAUCUUCCAGGGAGUCCUGAACAAGAUCUUGCCGCAAGUCUCUAAGUCUAAAUGA